GAGCAUAUCGUUAUGAAAGGACAUUAUAGCGAUCUGUGUAAGGAUUGGUACAACUGGCUGGGACGCGCGGUGUAGCGGCUGCGAGUGCGAGAAACAGUGAAAGCCUUCGCUUUCAUCGUAGUGGGGAGCGCUUGGCUGCUGCAGAGUGAACAACAAAAGUGAAGGUGUGCGUCGCAGGUAGCGGCAUAUCGGCAAGUCGGUAACUCGCAAUCGUGACACUCGGUCGUUCCGCGAUCGUCCCGGUCCCGCGAUGUACAGGUGCUGGCUGGUGGUGACACUGGCAGCGACCGCGGUGGCGGCGGGAACUCGCCUACCGCGAACCUCGCAGCCCGCGUCCAGCCCAGCGCAAUCGACUGCUCCACGUCUACCCCAAAGAAACUUUACUAUAUCCUCCCGCUCAACGGUCAGGAACAGGGAACAAUACAUUUUCAAUGUAUUCGAGGUUAUUGUUAGCACGCUCGAGACCAAACUACAAAGAAUUGAAAAUCUGGAUAAAGCCGUCGAACAUCUCAUGAGGAGAGUCGAAGCGUUGGACUCGCGAGUAAAUGAUAAUAUUCAUAAAACUGACGCCAUCAUAUCCAAAUUAGGUAAUCUCGAUGUAAAACUUUUCAGUAGAAUCUAUCAAGGCGAUGAUGAAAGUUCUACUGAAAACAUCAACAAUAAAAAGAACGAAAUGAGCGAUGCGAAACUUUUGGAUAAAAAACUGGAAUCUUUAGAUCAAAAAGUUUCAGGCAUUGACACCAAAUUAAUAGGACUCAAAACACAAAUCGAUAACAACUUUCUGCCAGUCGAUGACAUCAAUGCAGAGGCGAGUGAAAAGAAACCUAUAAAUUUAAACGUGAUUGAAAUCGCAAAGAGCCUGAAUACUGAAGUUAUCAAUGAAAUAACAAAAGAAGUCGAUCAGUUGAGAACUUCCAUGUCGACUGUUGAUAGGAAGUUACAAUUUCAUAUAAAUCUUGUGUCGGAAAAUUUAGGGAAAGUGCUUUACAUGAUGGCGGACGUCCACGCUGCUAUCGUCGAGCCAGAAUCUGCCUCCAUCAACAUAAACGGUCUCUUUAAAAACAGAACAACCACGAGCACCCCAUCACCAGCAACUAAAGCAAGUAAAAUAGAUACUCUUGUGAAUAAAAUUAUUCCUAUGAUGAGCGUUUCUGAGAAAAUGGACGAGGUGUGGGACGUUGUCGUUGGAACUAAGAGUUCAGUCGACGAUUUAGUACCAAAAUCUGAUGAACUCCUGACACAAACACAGAGACAGGAACGUGCUAUAGGCCAGAUACACAAUGAUUUAAGACUCAAAACAAAUCUUAUAAUAGAAAAUCUGGACAUGGUUGAAAAGCGUUUGAAGAAACAAGAAGAUGAUGUAGCAACUUUGGCGCAACGUCCAGUGCCGGCUGAACUUCUUCUAGAUCCGACGAUAGACAGGCUUGUGGAGUACGCUCCAAACAGAUACAAAGUCGACGAACUCUUGACGGAGCCGACUACCAAUGCACCGGUCACAACACAAGCCUCAUCGACUGCUAACAUAAGCCCGAGCAGUCCGAGCAAUGUGAGUGCGAGUUCAACAAGUGCCACCGUUACGGUGACACCAGCGGCCGCAGGCAGUGGAGGCAGUGCCAGCAAUAGCGGCGCUGGCCCUACCAGCUCUCGACCUUCCAGCCGUAAAGGCGGCAUAAUCUUCCCCAGCGUUAAGAACAAGCCCAUCAUAGGCAACAACACCUUCGCAUCAGAGAUCGUCGCCAACUAUAAAGAUGUUAAAGGCUACUCUUGCGUGGAUCUUCUGAAUGCAGGCAUGCGUGAGUCCGGAGUCUACUACCUUCAGAUACGAGGAACUACUUACUGGUUCCUAAAAGUAUUCUGUGAGCAGAACGUCGCCGACGGUGGUUGGACGGUGAUUCAUCGUCGCGAUGACUUCGGAAUACCAGCGGAGAACUUCAAUCGGGACUGGAGCGACUAUAAAAAUGGCUUCGGUGAUCCAAACAAGGAGUUCUGGCUCGGAAACGAGAACAUUUACAUGCUAACCAACAAUGACGACUACAUGCUCCGAGUGGAACUGGAAGAUUUCGAUGGCAAUAAGAGAUACGCUCAGUAUUCGCACUUCAAAAUAUACUCCGAAGCGGAAUACUACAAGUUAGAGAUAGACGGCUACGACGGCAACGCUGGUGAUUCCCUGAACGACCCGUGGUAUGGAUCUAACAACAGUCCAUUCUCUACUUACAAUAGAGACAAUGACAGGUCAUCGUUGAAUUGUGCGUCCAUGUUGAAAGGAGGCUGGUGGUGGAAGUCCUGCGGACGAGGUCUCAACGGACUGUACCUUCACGACCCCCAGGACCUCACAGCCAGGCAAGGUAUCGUCUGGUUCCGUUGGCGCGGCUGGGACUACACUCUUAAACGCGCCUCAAUGAUGAUCAAGCCCAAGGGACUUCUACCGAACACAUGAAGCGAUUCAAGCGCUGUAAAAAUAUAUAUCCCACAGCCUCUGUUUAAUUGUUAUGUGGAUUCUAGAGCCUUAAUCAUGACAUAUGAUAUGUCCAAACGAACAAUAUAUAAUGUAUUCGCACGCUCACUUGUGUAGGGUUCUCGGUAUGUAAAAUGUAUAACAAUCAUAUUUAUUCUCUUAUGGGUGUUCAAUUACACAUGUAAAGUAUGGAAGGAUCCACAUAACGAUACCGAACACGGGAGGCUGUUCCUCAGACACUCAUUCAAAUCAAGCUCAUUGACAUCUUUGUAAAUAUUUUUCUCGGCUUCAUACCGUCGAAGCAUCAAAUCAAAUCCUUCCACCAGCUCUGUUGUGUAUGAUAUACACGAACCAUUCAUACUACGACGGGCCACGGCACUGCCUAAAUUCAUUAAUUUAUUAUUCACGAUUUUAAAUAUCAAACUAUCUUCCAUUUAGUUUAUAGAUUUAGUAUUUAGAAUAACAAUUAAAAAUUAAGUUGUAAAUAAUUAUAAUAUAUAUUUAAAAAAAAAAAAAUUUAAAUAAAAUUAUGCUUACAUUA